AUCCGUCUGGUUGAUUGAUUAUCAUGAGGUCCCAGCUCGCUCUAUCGCUUCUGCUCUUGCUCUUUGUUGCCUCCACCAGCCCCCUAUCAUUGGCCCAUGGUGAUCUUGACUAUGGCGGUGGAGUGAAGAAACCCGAAGCCGUCUCCGUCGCUGCCGCUACCAGCAAGAAACCCGAAGUUGCCGACGGAUACACCGCUGGUGCUGAGAAGAAACCCGAAGCCGUCUCGGCCAGUGCCGAGAAGAAACCCGAAGUCGUCUCCGUCGAUGCUGAGAAGAAACCAGUAAGCGCCUCUGGCUAUGCCGGCGUGGAUAAGAAACUCGAAGGUCCCACCAAGGCUGCUGGGGAGAAGAAAUCCGAAGUUGCCUCUAAGAAGAAAUCCAAAAGAAAGAGCGAGCCCUCCCAACCUUCUACCAUCGAGAAGAAGUCAAAAGGUGCCUCUGGAUACACCGGUGAGGAAAAGAAACUUAAAGAGAAAUUGGACAUGGCCAAGAAUGCAGGGGCUGAGAAGAAAGUGAAGGUGCCUAGAAAGGAAGAGCCUAAGAAGCCAGAAACAAGCAAACCAGACGUCUACACAACACCAAAGAAGGAAGAGCCAAAGAAGAAGGACGAGCCCAAGAAGGUGGAGGUCAUGCCCAUGAGACCAAAAACCUAUGCCAAGCCAAAGGAGGAGCCGGUGACCGCCGAACCAAAGAAGGAGGAACCAAAGGUACCCGUAGCCGAUAGCGCCGAUAGCUAUGCCGCGCCAAAGAAGACCCAACCGGAGACACCGGCGGCUGUGACAACUGAUAGCGUCGCCGCACCGAAGAAUGCUCAGCUAGACACACCGGCGGCGCCAAGCACUACACAACCAAAUACAGCGGUGGCGAGCACAACUGAUGCUUAUGCCGCGCCAAAGACUGCACAGCCAGAGACACCGGCAGCCGAAACAACCGAUGCAUAUGUUGCGCCGAAACCGAAGCCGUAUGUGUAAGUCCAACAGCUCACCCAGCUUCCAAGUGACCAACCAAAAUAAUUUCCCCCUCCUGUUCACUUCAGAAGGUUCUACGACCGGAAAGCGGUCCAAGCUCAUUUUUUAUAUCCCAAUUUUCAACUGUAAUUGCUUAUCCAAUGUAUGCAACUCCGUUUGCAGUAUUACUUUAUUCGUGUAAAGAGAACGCCCGUUAGCUAGGCAAAGAAACGGGUCUUCUAUCACUUUGUGUUCUAAAAAGGAAACUCAUAUACCAUGCAUAUGACACUGGAUUAUACAAAUUCAGGUUUCGUGAA